UGGGAGGAAGCUAUGGAGGGUUAAAGGUUAUGUAGAUACCUAAUUGUUAUUUCAAACAUGGAUUAAUAAUGCCGUUAACCCCACUGGCUUGUGGGUUAUUUGAACAUAGGCCCGAAUGGCAAAAAUUGUGUGGAUGAAUUGGUAUUUAUUUUGAUUUCUGGUCUAGUUUCCAUCACCAGAACGUCGCUCCACCACACAGCUUCCGCUAGAGAUCAUCCAAAUUUAAUUUGAAAAUUAUUAGAUCUAGACCUAAAUUUUUUUCAUAAUCUCUUGGACAUGCCUGUUGGGUUGUUCUGGACUUAAUAAUUUACCAUAAAACGACUAGUUCACUAUGCAACUACUUCCAAAUUGAACAGACAAGACAGUACAAGUAAAAAAGAAACAAAACAACGGUUGUGUCUGAAAAGUUCGCUAGAGGGCGCUCUUUAAUCCCAAUACAAUAUUGUGUAACUAGUGAGCGGUCUUUAGUGAGAUGAAGGCUGUACUUCUGCUACAAACAGGUUCACGCCUGUCAUGGCUUGCUUUGACGGCUGCUCGCCUCUAGGAAGAAAGUCGUAUUUCGAAAGCAGCAGUGAAGCUCGGCGCGCCCGCCACAGAGACAAGGAGCUGACACGCUCGAUCAAAAGAGAUCACAGGAAGGACGCCAAAAGAGUGAAACUUUUGUUAUUAGGUACCGGUGAAUCAGGAAAAAGUACCAUGACCAAACAGAUGAGGAUUAUCCACAUCAAUGGAUUUUCUUUUAUGGAACGAAUGGAGAAAGUAAAAGAUAUCCACAAGAACGUCUUAGACUCUAUGCUGACUCUACUUUCUGCCAUGCAGACGAUGUCUCUACCAUUCGAAGCAGACGACAGUGCGGUGAGCGCUGAGUUUAUCUUGAAUGUUGGCGCUGAUCCAAAGCCGGAGUUACCAGAGGAGUUCUGGGAUCAUUGCAAGAAGUUGUGGCUAGAUCAAGGUAUUCAAGAGUGUUUUAUCAAAACAAGUCAUUAUCAACUACUUGACUGUGCACAAUAUUUCCUAGAAAAGAUUGACGAGCUCAGAGCAUCAGAGUAUACACCAUCUGACCAGGAUAUAUUGCGAUGUCGUGUGGUGACGUCAUCUAUACAACAAAUUGAGUUCACAGUGCGUGAUGCUGGACAGAAUGUCCGAUUUUGUGUCUACGAUGUUGGGGGGCAAAGGGGAGAGAGAAAGAAAUGGAUUCAAGUCUUUGAUGACGUCAUUGCCAUCAUGUACGUUGGAGAAAUGUCUUCCUUUGAUCAAACUCUCAGGGAAGAUCCUACGAGGAACAGACUUCUCGAGUCUCUGGAAAACUUUGAACAAGUUUGGAAUAACAGAUUUCUCCGCCCAGUCUCGGUGCUUCUGUUUCUGAACAAGAUCGACAUACUGUUAGAGAAAGUCUCAAGAGGGCGAUCAAUACAAGAAUUUUUAGACCAGCACCCGGACAUGUUCCCAGAUUAUACCACCUUCGCUCAUUCCAAUGCCGAUAGGAAUGAAUUCAUCGAGUCAUGUCCCGGGGGGUCUGAGUACCAAGGCAAACGAAGACAUCGCUCCUCCAGGACGGACAUCAGCGCUGAGGCGGUCAAGACUGCUGCCUAUAUUAAAAAACUGUACCAAAUGAUCACGUGCGGGGACCUGGUCAUUAACAAGAACAUUCAGGUCCAUGACAAGCAAUGGCACACAAUGCACACGUGUCAUCUGUUUUACACAUGUGCUGUCGACACGGGCAACAUUAAGAAGGUCAUGGAGGGCUGUCGUUCAAUUAUCAUCAGAAAACAUUUGGAACGCUUCGGCAUUUUGUGAUUAUUAUUAUUUCGUUCAAUUUUGUGCUGAUUUGAUUUAUAUGACGGCAGACGUUUUAAAGAGGUUUACACCGAUUGAGAGUUGAACUAUGCAACAAAGUUUAAAUCACCAAGAACAAUGUGUACUUAUUCAUGGGUGAAGUCAACACAUGCGAAUCAAUCAAUCAAUUCAUCGAUCAAUAAAUCACGUCAUCAUCUAGCAAUCAGUGAAGCGAAACCAGUUUAAACCUCCUUUGAUGUUUAAAAUUAGUGAAUUCUGCUUUUUGGGUGGCCAAUUUUAACUAUAAGAAUAUUAAUAUCGGCCAGGAUUUACAUCGGCCAAGAUAUACUUUGACUGGGAUGGACAUUGACUUGAUAGAUUUAGACCGAGGCGUACUAUGACCGAGAUGUACAAUAGCCGAGAUUGACAAUGAGCGAGAUUGACAAUGAGCGAGAUUGACAAUGAGCGAGAUGGACAAAUGACCGAGAUGGACAAAUGGCCGAGAUGGACAAUGAGCGAGAUGGACAAAUUGCCGAGAUUGACAAUGAGCGAGAUGGACAAAUGACCGAGAUGGACAAAUGGCCGAGAUGGACAAUGAGUGAGAUGGACAAAUGGCCGAGAUUGACAAUGAGCGCGAUGGACGAAGACCAACCUGGACAUAAACCGAAACGUAGUAAGACCGACAUGGACAAGGUGACAAGUGUACAUUAUAAGAUUGGCCUAAGCGAAGUAUUUGAAAUGAAGGAGGGCGAUUUGUUUUUUUUUUUAAUCAACGAUUAGUUUCUUACUAUUUCAAGGUACUAAAGAAAUGGAGCAUUUAAAAUAAUUGAAUAUGCAGACUAAUACACGAGUGCCUAAAUGACCUGGGAGCACAUUAAACAUGUGUUCCUAAAGACUGACCUACACACUUUAAGGACACACACACAGAGACCUCCGAUCGAUCGUAGCAUUGAAAAAGGUAAAGACUUUAGACAUAAUUAUUUGAAACAUAAGACUUCUAACCCAACCAAGACCCGUGAGAUAAAUGAAAAUGUACCAACAUGCGAUAAUAUAUUUUUAAAAAAUCAAGACCCAGACAUUGAAAAGAUGUGAUGCAAGACUGCAUAGUGCGCAAGAUUGUCAGUGUGCAAGAUUGACUGUGUGUAAGGUUAUCAGUGUGCAAGCUGUGUAAAAAAAACAAACCUAUGACCAAGACAAAGACAAUUCUAUGCAAGACAAACUAUGCUAGUCCCGACUUGCCAACUUUUGUGUUCAAAACAAUGUUUUUGUUGAAACUGUUUUUUUCAAAUUGUCUAAACACUUUGAGAGAACAUUGAUGGCUGGUUUAUCUUAUUACCGUUAAUGUUUGUGUGAUGUUGGACUCUGUACAUAGAAUUUGUAUCAAAGAUUAAAAAGUUUAUUGCAAAUA